GGAAGGGCUUCUUCACACGCAGCAAAGCGCCGAGUGAAAUCGUGAAUUGCCCGCCUGGAGUGCGGAUCCUCUAUCCCCAGAAAAGAAAACACAAUAGACUCCGCCAGUGAGCUGCGGAACUCCUCACACACAAACUCUGCUCUCGUGCCAUGAGAGAAAUCCAAAGUCCGACGUGACGUUGUGUUUUGGAAACUUGUCCGAUGCCGGGCUCGCAUUAAUAUAUCGUUGAUUUGUGGAACCCUCGUCUAACACCAAUUUCUACUCCAAGAACUGACAAAAUGGCCGACGCGGCCAUGGAACAACUGCCCUUGCCCACAAGCCUUGCAGAGGUUGAAGCACUAAUCCGGGCUCUUUACCAGCCAAACCCUCCCGAGACCAUCUCCAAGAUCCAGGAGGUUCUGCACCGGCUGCAGAGGUCGCCCGAAGGAUGGCAGCUCGCCCAGAGUCUAAUCUCUCACCGAGAGGAUAAUAUUAGGUUCUAUGCUGCCCUGACGCUCAUUAUCAAGCUCAACAGGGAUACCGCCGGCCUGGGCGAGGACGAUGCCAAGGGCCUCCUCGAGAACCUCAUCGGAUGGGUCAUUCAGUCCCUUGCCGACGGCGCAGCCAACUUUGUCAUCAAGAAGCUGUGUACUGCGCUGGUCACCUACUUCAUGCACUUUUCCCAUCUGUGGCCGAAUUGCAUCCGCCACUUCAUUUACUGCCUGGAUCUAGGCCACGGCGCUCCGAUUGAUAGCCUGGACGAUGCCCUCGGAACAGACAUCCUCGUCACCAAGCUGGAUCGCCAGAAGCUGAGGUUGGCAACAUGGUUCGCGGCCUCGUUGGUCGAAGAGGUUGGCAAGACCGACAUGACCGCACCCAAAUUUGUCCAGGUACACGGCCGGCUGGUCAAGAACGGCUCCGAUGUGGUUUGCCUGCUCGCCCGCGGCUUCUCCCCGCCGCCAGAUAGUCCCGAGUUGAAGAUUCAAGGAGAGGCGCUCAGCUGCUUUCAAGUCUGGAUUCUGUAUGCCCAGCGAGCAUCCCCCAACCCCGAGCUUGUUGCUCCACUGAGACAGCUGGUUGGCGCUGCCAUCAAUUGUUUCGCAGAUGAAGACCUCUUCCAGCCCACCGCCGAGCUCUUCACUGACGCCCUUGGCAACUACUCUUCCUUUUUCACCGACGAGCACUACGACACUCUUGCUGCCCUUUUCGAAAGCCCCUGGGCUGCUGAGCGCUACCAGCGCAUUAUCCACGGCAACCAUCAUGAGGAGGGCAUCUCCUUUGGCCUGCUGAUGCUGGCCUACGGAGACGCCAAGGUGCAGGAUCUCAUGCACAGCACUGACAGCCGCUCCCAGGGCUUUCUUGUGCGCCUGAGCGGCCUAUUGGCCGCCGACGGCUAUCUUGUCGGCGACGACACCAUUUUCGUCCCGGCUCUCGAAUUCUGGUCCACUUUUAUCGAGACCAUGAUCGACACCACAUACUCGGACGAGGAGGCUGCACGAGACUGGAGGCCGUAUGCCGAGCAGCACCUCAAGGCCGUGGUCAUGAAGUGCUGGUGCAAGAUCCAGUGGCCCCCGGCCGAGAUAUUCGCAGAAUGGGACUCGACCGAGCGCGUCGCAUUCGGCGAUGCGAGAAAGGAUGUCACAGACAUGCUCCAAUCCGUUUUUACCCUCGAGGGUACGAGCCUCGUCUCUUUCUUUGCCGGCUUGUUCCUCCAAGCCCUUGCUGCCCAGUCCUGGGCUGAGCUCGAAGCCUCGGCCUUCUGCCUGGGUGCCCUAUCCGACUGCAUCUCGGACGAGGCCACUUAUGAUCACGAGCUAAGCAAGAUCUUUGCUUCUCCCUUCUUUGAUCUCCUAGGCCAGGCCCAAGGCCCGAUCCCUCUUCGCCUCCGCCAGACAGGCUUGGCCCUGAUUGAACGGUACUGCGAAUAUUUUGAGCGGAAUGCUCAGUACCUUCCCAAUGCUCUCAAUUUGCUCUUCGCUGCCGUCGGCGAUUCUGUUCUAGGGGGUCCGUCGGCAAGGUCCAUUUCUACCCUGUGCUCCUCAUGCCGCUCCAUCCUUACUGGUGAAGCCGGCGCCUUUAUCAGGCACUACCAGACCAUCCGCAGCAGCCAGGUGCUCGACUCGCUGGCUGAGGAGAGGAUCGUCCUGUCAAUUGCCUCCAUCAUCCAAGCCAUCCAAGACGAGACCCAGACACUGGGCAUGUUCGAGGAGCUUUACACCAUUCUCAAGAGAGAUUUUGAGCUCGCUGUGCAGCUCAAAGCAGAACCCAGCCUUCUGAACCUCCAAAAUCCGGAUUUCCUAAGAGGCCUCGACCCGCCCAACCCACAGUCUAUACCCCCGACGGAAGAGAUUGCACUACAAAUUGCUCUGAGAUCCAUGAGAUGUCUCAGCAGCAUGGCUAAAGGCAUGCAGGACGUCAAAGAGUACCUGGUCGACAUAGACAGCGAACCGCAGUCGCAAAGCGCAAACAGCCGGCUCGUCGGCUUGCAAGAGAACAUCAUGCGGGUUUUGGUAGAAGUCCAGAGGGUAUUCAACACCAGCGGCGAGGUAGUAGAAAUCAUCUGCAACAUCUUCCGCGCAGGCUUCUCCGAGACCCAACCCGGGCCGUUCGUCUUUCCGCCGGAGGUGGUCACAGACUACUUCGUCCAGCAGCAGUUCGAGACACCGCGGGUUGGAACCCUGCUGAGCACGGCGUGCUCGUUCGUCGGGAGUCUGUACCGGGGACCCAAGGUCUACGUGCCGGCGCAACUUACGAGGCUUUUGCCAUGGGUGAUUUCCAUCCUCCAAACGUUACCAGAACCCGAAGCCGACACCGAAAUCUCCCUCAAUGGCAUCACCUUCGUCGACAAGCUCAUGUCCAAGUACCCCGACGUCCUCUUUCAGCCGCACCACGCCCCACUCGUCGAGUUCUUCUUCCUCUUCUCCAUCAAGGUCCUCGACGGGACCGAACCCUUGCCCAAGGGCGCCGCAGCAGAGUUCUGGGCAAAUUUCAUCACCCUGAAACCCCCCAACCCGGCCUUACAACAAACCGUCUCGUCCGCCAUGAACCACCUCGGCCCGCUCCUCGCCGCCUCGCUCGUCCGCAACAUCGGCGGCCACGCCGCGCGCAGCGAGCUUGACAAGCUGUGCGAGCCGCUCAAGAAGCUGGUGACGACGCGGCCCGAGGCGCAGGCUUGGUUGCAGAGUUCGCUGCUGGCGUCUCCGGUUGGCGGUGAUGCUGGUGCGGCGUUGCCAUUUCCCGGGGCGGAAAGGGUUGGGGUGGAGGAGAGGGUUGGGUUUGUGAAAAGGGUUGUUGGGUAAGUUGUUGCGUUCUGUUCUGAGAUUUUUCUGUGGUGUAUAAAGUAAACUCUGAGUUGCUGAUGAUGUGUUCAUAAAAAACAGGUUGAGAGGUGCGCGGGCGACGAACCAAAUGGUGAGGGAAUUUUGGAUGGCUUGCCGUGGGUUAAAUUAUGCAUAUGCCUCUUAGUCAAAGCAAAGCU